GUUCCUGGGCGGCACCGGUCGCCGGCCGAGGCCGGCCGCCCCUCGGCGCCGGCCGCGGCCGCCGGCGCGGCUCCGGCGACGCCGGCGAAGAGCAGGCUGGUAAGCAGGCGCCCCUCGGCGUCGACGCGCUGCGGCUCGUGGAGCCCCAGCGGCUCGGAGUGCAGCCGCCGGACGUCGGCGGCCGGCGGGAGCCUCGAGUCCUUCGGCCCGGGCUCGCCGCUCGGCAGCACGCUGCUGCUGUCGAAGCGCCGGAACUCCUUCAGCCGCGGCGUCGAGGCCGUGGGCCUCGCGGCGAUCCAGGCCUCCGAGCCUGCCGCGAAGGCGGGCUGCGACGAUCCGGGCUCGCCGCUCGGCAGCACGCUGCUGCUGUCGAAGCGCCGGAACUCCUUCAGCCGCGGCGUCGAGGCCGUGGGCCUCGCGGCGAUCCAGGCCUCCGAGCCUGCCGCGAAGGCGGACUGCGACGCGCCGGGCUCGCCGCUCGGCAGCACGCUGCUGCUGUCGAAGCGCCGGAACUCCUUCAGCCGCGGCGUCGAGGCCGCGGGCCUCGCGGCGAUCCAGGCCUCCGAGCCUGCCGCGAAGGCGGACUGCGACGCGCCGGGCUCGCCGCUCGGCAGCACGCUGCGGCUGUCGAAGCGCCGGAACUCCUUCAGCCGCGGCGUCGAGGCCCUCAGCGGGCGCAGUGUGCCCGCGGGGCAGAGCGUGGGCGUCGUGGACCAGUGA